GGUGGUGAAAAAAGUCACGACCUGGAAUUGAACUCACCAAAAGUUAACACGUCACAAACCUCUGAACAAAUUUAAGAAUACUAAACAACAGACAGAUAGCGAGAUUAAGAAAAACUGAAUAGAAAAGUACAAGGUUGAAAUAUUCAAAGUCUUAAAUGAACUUUAUAAAUGGAAAAGCUGAAUUGAGUGAGAUUGGUGGAGGGAAGCAAAGCAAGCAAAAGAGUAAAAGUAAGAGAAAAGAGGAAAUGUCAAGGUUAGGCUUAGGCUUAGCAUGUUGCUCAAAUCCACCAAAACUGGACCCUUGUAGUGGAGAAGGCCAUGUUCAGAAAUUUGGUGGCCUUGAUUCUUACCUCACUGGCUCCCCUCACUCCAACAGAGCUAUUCUCUUUGUUUCUGAUAUUUUUGGAUAUGAAGCGCCAGUCUUAAGGAAGCUUGCAGACAAGGUUGCAGCAGCUAGGUAUUUUGUGGUGGUUCCUGACUUCUUCUAUGGCGAUCCCUUUGAUUCCGAAGAUGUUAAUAGGCCUUUACCUGUUUGGGUGAAAGAUCAUGAACCGGACACAGGUUUUGACGCUGUAAAACCUGUCAUUGAAGCCUUAAAAUGUAAAGGUGCUUCUCUGAUUGGUGCUGCUGGUUUUUGUUGGGGAGCUAAGACCGUGUGUGAACUUGCGAAAUACAAACUUAUCCAAGCUGUUGUGACUGCACAUCCAUCAUCUAUCACUGUGGAUGACAUAGAUGGUGUUAAUAUUCCUAUUGCUAUACUUGGAGCUGAGCUUGACACAGUUACUCCUGAAGAGCUUAUAAAACAAUUUAAAGAAGUCCUGGCUGAUAAACCUUGGGUUGAUAGUUAUGUAAAAAUAUUUCCUAACGUCUCACAUGGGUUUACUUUGAGGUACAAUGCUGAAGAUCCAGAAGCUGUGAAGGCUGCAAAGAAGGCCCAUCAAAUAUUGUUGGACUGGUUUAAUAAACACCUUGAGUGAGAAAACUUAAUUGUUGGAUGCAAUUAGAGAUUCUAUGUUGAUUGGAAUUGCGUCAUCGUGUCCUGAAGUGGAGGCUAGGAAAUAAAAAUGAUACCCAUUCCACUUAGCUUUCUUAUGUUACAAUAAAAUUUGAUGUUUAGGAUUUGAGAUCUUAAGACUUCAUGCUUGAAGGCUUUAUGUUACAACCUUAUUUCUGUUUAUUUUGCAUCAUUUGUGAAAUCCAUCUAUGAAAUGAGACCCCCAUGUUUAUGUUCCA